CAUAUUUGGAUAGAUAGGGUCAUUAGCUACCAAAAGUUAUUCUACGCCGAUGUGCUAAGUUGUCUGUGGAAAAAGUUAUUCGAGGUACAAAGACUUAACAUUUUCUCAACUUUUCCAAAAAAAUUCCUCAUUUGCCACUUUGGAUGCUUAUAACUCGGUCAGUUUCCAAUGGAUCUUCAAUUGUAGCACAUAUUUGGAUAGAUCUGGUCAUUAGCUACCAAAAGUUAUUUUACGCCGAUGUGCUAAGUUGUCUGUGGAAAAAGUUAUUCGAGGUACAAAGACUUAACAUUUUCUCAACUUUUCCAAAAAAAAUCCUCAUUUUGCCACUUUGGAUGCUUAUAACUCGGUCAGUUUCCAAUGGAUCUUCAAUUGCAGCACAUAUUUAGAUAGAUCUGGUCAUUAGCUACCAAAAGUUAUUCUACGCCGAUGUGCUAAGUUGUCUGUGGAAAAAGUUAUUCGAGGUACAAAGACUUAACAUUUUCUCAACUUUUCCAAAAAAAAUUCCUCAUUUUGCCACUUUGGAUGCUUAUAACUCGGUCAGUUUCCAAUGGAUCUUCAAUUGUAGCACAUAUUUGGAUAGAUCUGGUCAUCAGCUACCAAAAGUUAUUCUACGCCGAUGUGCUAAGUUGUCUGUGGAAAAAGUUAUUCGAGGUACAAAGACUUAACAUUUUCUCAACUUUUCCAAAAAAAUUCCUCAUUUUGCCACUUUGGAUGCUUAUAACUCGGUCAGUUUCCAAUGGAUCUUCAAUUGUAGCACAUAUUUGGAUAGAUCUGGUCAUUAGCUACCAAAAGUUAUUCUACGUCGAUGUGCUAAGUUGUCUGUGGAAAAAGUUAUUCGAGGUACAAAGACUUAACAUUUUCUCAAUUUUUCCAAAAAAAUUCCUCAUUUUGCCACUUUGGAUGCUUAUAACUCGGUCAGUUUCCAAUGGAUCUUCAAUUGUAGCACAUAUUUGGAUAGAUCUGGUCAUUAGCUACCAAAAGUUAUUCUACGCCGAUGUGCUAAGUUGUCUGUGGAAAAAGUUAUUCGAGGUACAAAGACUUAACAUUUUCUCAACUUUUCCAAAAAAAAUCCUCAUUUUGCCACUUUGGAUGCUUAUAACUCGGUCAGUUUCCAAUGGAUCUUCAAUUGUAGCACAUAUUUGGAUAGAUCUGGUCAUUAGCUACUAAAAGUUAUGCUACGCCGAUGUGCUAAGUUGUCUGUGGAAAAAGUUAUUCGAGGUACAAAGACUUAACAUUUUCUCAAUUUUUCCAAAAAAAUUCCUCAUUUUGCCACUUUGGAUGCUUAUAACUCGGUCAGUUUCCAAUGGAUCUUCAAUUGUAGCACAUAUUUGGAUAGAUCUGGUCAUUAGCUACCAAAAGUUAUUCUACGCCGAUGUGCUAAGUUGUCUGUGGAAAAAGUUAUUCGAGGUACAAAGACUUAACAUUUUCUCAACUUUUCCAAAAAAAUCCUCAUUUUGCCACUUUGGAUGCUUAUAACUCGGUCAGUUUCCAAUGGAUCUUCAAUUGUAGCACAUAUUUGGAUAGAUCUGGUCAUUAGCUACCAAAAGUUAUUCUACGUCGAUGUGCUAAGUUGUCUGUGGAAAAAGUUAUUCGAGGUACAAAGACUUAACAUUUUCUCAACUUUUCCAAAAAAAUUCCUCAUUUUGCCACUUUGGAUGCCUAUAACUCGGUCAGUUUCCAAUGGAUCUUCAAUUGUAGCACAUAUUUGGAUAGAUCUGGUCAUUAGCUACUAAAAGUUAUUCUACGCUGAUGUGCUAAGUUGUCUGUGGAAAAAGUUAUUCGAGGUACAAAGACUUAACAUUUUCUCAACUUUUCCAAAAAAAUUCCUCAUUUUGCCACUUUGGAUGCUUAUAACUCGGUCAGUUUUCAAUGGAUCUUCAAUUGUAGCACAUAUUUGGAUAGAUCUGGUCAUUAGCUACCAAAAGUUAUUCUACGCCGAUGUGCUAAGUUGUCUGUGGAAAAAGUUAUUCGAGGUACAAAGACUUAACAUUUUCUCAACUUUUCCAAAAAAAUUCCUCAUUUUGCCACUUUGGAUGCUUAUAACUCGGUCAGUUUCCAAUGGAUCUUCAAUUGUAGCACAUAUUUGGAUAGAUCUGGUCAUUAACUACCAAAAGUUAUUCUACGCCGAUGUGCUAAGUUGUCUGUGGAAAAAGUUAUUCGAGGUACAAAGACUUAACAUUUUCUCAACUUUUCCAAAAAAAUUCCUCAUUUUGCCACUUUGGAUGCUUAUAACUCGGUCAGUUUCCAAUGGAUCUUCAAUUGUAGCACAUAUUUGGAUAGAUCUAGUCAUUAGCUACCAAAAGUUAUUCUACGCCGAUGUGCUAAGUUGUCUGUGGAAAAAGUUAUUCGAGGUACAAAGACUUAACAUUUUCUCAACUUUUCCAAAAAAAUUCCUAAUUUUGCCACUUUGGAUGCUUAUAACUCGGUCAGUUUCCAAUGGAUCUUCAAUUGCAGCACAUAUUUGGAUAGAUCUGGUCAUUAGCUACCAAAAGUUAUUCUACGCCGAUGUGCUAAGUUGUCUGUGGAAAAAGUUAUUCGAGGUACAAAGACUUAACAUUUUCUCAACUUUUCCAAAAAAAUUCCUCAUUUUGCCACUUUGGAUGCUUAUAACUCGGUCAGUUUCCAAUGGAUCUUCAAUUGCAGCACAUAUUUGGAUAGAUCUGGUCAUUAGCUACCAAAAGUUAUUCUACGCCGAUGUGCUAAGUUGUCUGUGGAAAAAGUUAUUCGAGGUACAAAGACUUAACAUUUUCUCAACUUUUCCAAAAAAAUUCCUCAUUUUGCCACUUUAGGUGCUUAUAACUCGGUCAGUUUCCAAUGGAUCUUCAAUUGUAGCACAUAUUUGGAUAGAUCUGGUCAUUAGCUACCAAAAGUUAUUCUACGCCGAUGUGCUAAGUUGUCUGUGGAAAAAGUUAUUCGAGGUACAAAGACUUAACAUUUUCUCAACUUUUCCAAAAAAAUCCUCAUUUUGCCACUUUGGAUGCUUAUAACUCGGUCAGUUUCCAAUGGAUCUUCAAUUGUAGCACAUAUUUGGAUAGAUCUGGUUAUUAACUACCAAAAGUUAUUCUACGCCGAUGUGCUAAGUUGUCUGUGGAAAAAGUUAUUCGAGGUACAAAGACUUAACAUUUUCUCAACUUUUCCAAAAAAAUUCCUCAUUUUUCCACUUUGGAUGCUUAUAACUCGGUCAGUUUCCAAUGGAUCUUCAAUUGUAGCACAUAUUUGGAUAGAUCUGGUCAUUAGCUACCAAAAG